UACGCCUAGCGACGACGACAACGACAACCAGCCCUUCAACGGAAUCGCCAGUUCCAUAAUCCAAGAUGACGAAGGGUACCUCCAGCUUUGGCAAGCGCCACAACAAAACCCACACUCUCUGCCGCCGUUGUGGUCAGUAUUUUCACCAUUCCGAAAUGAUAUAUCACCCGGCGAAAACUUGUGACGGAUGUCUACAUGGGCUAUCAUGAGGAAGUCGGCGGGAUAUAUACAACAUGAUGAGUGUCGGCUGGGCUAACCGAUGGCAACGUUUUCGGCAUACAGGAAAGCGCUCCUUCCACGUCCAGAAGUCGACCUGUGCCAACUGCGGUUACCCCUCCGCUAAGACCCGCAAGUUCAACUGGGGUGAGAAGGCCAAGCGGAGAAAGACCACCGGCUCCGGCAGAAUGAGCCACCUCCGCGACGUCCACCGCCGCUUCAAGAACGGCUUCCAGACCGGCACCCCCAAGGCCGCCCGCGGUCCCGCCGAGAGCCAGUAGAUUAAUCUCGACGUCGCAUCUUGUUCGAUCUCGGAGGCUGGAAGAGGGCUGGUAUGACAAGGCCUGGCAUAUGAAGUAGUCGGUUUCAAAUGCAAGGCGAAAAAAAGACGCUUUCCCGUGGAGUUGGUGUUGGGACGAGUCUUGUCUUUUGUCGUCAAUAGCGUGUUUGUCCUAGAAUAACGACGGCAAAUGGAAGGCGGAAAAUUUGUGGGUUUUGAAAGGGAAAGCAGGCAUGAAUUUCCUUUCUUGUUUAUGGCUGGCG